CACCAUUAUAAGCAUCAAGAAUUCAUCAAUACAUGCACCAACAUGAGAAUAAUUUAGUAUAUGAGAAUAAUCCCAAUCCAGAUAAUUAAAUAAGGAUGGAAUCAGAUGUAUCCAGCUUCAUUAGAGCAACCCCGGUUUCUAGUUUAAGCAGGAGUUGCAAGUGCAGGAACUCUCUGCGCCUCGUCCCCAACUUCUCUGCCCUCUUCUUCUUCUUGCGCCGCUUCUGGCUCGCCCCACUCCGCCCGCCGCGGCCACGCUGAAGGACACGCACAAUUUGUUCGCCCUCAAGACCCCUCUCUUCAUCAACCCACUUUUCUCCAACUGCAGUCUACCAGCCUCCCUCUCUUGAAUACAGGUUCUUCCACUUCUUAAGCGACAACUGAGCUCUUCUUGGCAGUCAUGGCUUAUUGCAACAUGGUGGUAUCUUUAACUUGAAACAGACAAUAAAAUGUUUCAUGAGUAUUACCUCUCCUCAUCGAUAACGCAGAUCCAAUCUGAUCUUCUCGCUUCCGUGAGACUUGUUUGGCCUGUCUGACAUUGUUCCAGUUUGCAGCUUUUGCAGUCUUGUCAACCCAGCAAACCAAGGGCUCUCUCCCUUUCUCUCUGUGCACUAGCUGUAGGAUACUGGCCUGAAGGUCACAGGUUGCUGUCCCUUUGUUGCCUUGUCUAUCCCACUUUCCAUCCUUAAUCUGCAGCCCUAGUAAUGGCUUAUGUUUCUAUCUUUUUUAGAGUGCCACCCAAGUUUCCUAGCUCCUUCCCUAUAUCUCAAGCCCCAUUCAUUCCCUACCUUGCAAGAAGAGCUUCCUCUGCUUCUGCUUCUGCUUCUUCUAGCCAAACCCAUAGCACCACCUUGUCGAAAUCCCUUCAACAAGAAAACUAUGAGGCCAUCAUUGGUAUAGAGACCCACGUCCAGCUCUCUACCCUCACCAAAGCCUUCUGCAGCUGCCCCUACCACUAUGGUUCAGUACCCAACACCCACAUCUGCCCUGUCUGCAUGGGGCUCCCCGGCUGCCUCCCUGUUCUCAACUCUAAGGUCAUUGAGUUUGCUGUCAAAUUAGGCCUUGCCCUGAAUUGUAAACUGUCUCUGAGGUCCAAAUUUGAUCGGAAGCAGUAUUUUUAUCCUGACUUGCCAAAAGGUUACCAAAUCUCUCAGUUUGAUGUUCCAAUUGCUAGCCAUGGGUACCUUGAUGUGGACCUGCCAGUUGAGUUUGGAGGGGGGCACAGGAGGUUUGGUAUCACUAGAGUUCAUAUGGAAGAGGAUGCAGGGAAGUUAAUUCAUGCUGCCAGUGGAGGCUAUUCACAGGUGGACCUGAACAGAGCUGGGGUGCCUUUGCUUGAGAUUGUAUCGGAGCCUGACAUGAGGAGUGGUUUGGAGGCUGCAGAAUAUGCAGCAGAAAUACAGAGAUUGGUCCGCUAUAUAGGAGUUAGCAAUGGCAAUAUGCAGGAAGGUUCAUUGCGCUGUGAUGUGAAUGUGUCUGUACGACCAAAAGGACAGGACAAAUUUGGAACAAAGGUAGAAAUUAAAAAUAUGAAUUCAUUCUCAGCAAUGCAAAGGGCAAUUGACUUUGAGAUUUCUAGGCAAAUUUCGCUCUACAAUGAGGGCCAAGAGAAUCAAAUAAUACAAGAAACUCGACUCUGGGAAGAAGGAUCUCAGAGAACAGUAACUAUGAGAACAAAGGAAGGACUUGCAGAUUAUAGAUAUUUUCCUGAGCCAGACCUUCCAGAUGUUGUAAUCACUGAGGAUUAUGUGCAUAUUCUUCGGUCUGGACUUCCAGAACUUCCAGAUACAAAGAGGAGGCGAUAUGAGCAAAUGGGUUUGACCAUGCAAGACGUUUUGUUCCUGGCAAAUGACGAUAAUGUUGCUGAGUUUUUUGAUGCAACUAUCACAAAUGGUGCUGAUAUCAAGCUAGCUGCUAACUGGAUCAUGGGUGAUAUUGCUGCCUAUUUGAAAAAUGAAAAGUUAUCAAUAAACGAGAUCAAAUUAACACCUCAUGAACUAGCUGAACUUAUAGCUUCCAUUAAAGGUGGAACAAUUAGUGGCAAGAUUGGCAAGGAGAUACUGUUUGAAUUGAUAGCAAAAGGUGGAACAGUGAAGGCAUUGAUUGAAGAGAAGGACCUUGUUCAGGUACCCCCCUCCAACCAAAAUUUUUGGCUCUGCUAGUGCCCCAUGGGAAUUAUCGAAGGACUCUGUGCUCUUCCUUCAGAUGCCUUUCAUCAAGUUGUGGAGCUUGCCCUUCAGCUUGAGAUGCUAAAGAAAUUUAGUCCUCUGUCCAUGAUUUUUUUGCAAUUGAAUGGUUAGCUAGAAAUUUU